AUCUGACAACUUUAGUUACUUUACAGAUUCAGAUUAUUAAUACAAAAUAUAAUCACAUCACAAUCAAAUUAGUAGUAGUAGUAAUGUUUUUAUGUGUGUGACUCAGGGAGGCCCACUAUUGGCCGGCCACCACUGCUGAAAGGUUGUUAUGGGAUUUUUACCCAAGGAUACCAAAAACGUUCUGCCUACUGCAGCUUUGAAUCCAGCUGUGCCUGCAGGGCUCCAGACCAUCAAAUAAUAUAGAAUCAUUUUAACAAGGUUUUUAAAGUUCUAAAAGUGGAUUAUUAAGAACUCUUUCUUGUAUAUGAUGAGUAGUAUGAACCCACGUGACCUGCAGGCUCUUUCCAUCCUCGCAGCUCAUCGACCUGCUGUCUGCAUGCUGCUGGAGGGGUAGGCCUACUAACUACUACCUCUCACAUGAACAAACACAGCUGACACUGUGCACGAAUGCACAUAGUCGCUGAGGUGUGCGUGCGUGUGCACCUGGAAUUUGGUGCAAGAGGAACUACCUGUUGAGUAACAUGCGCACAACAAACUCUCUGUUUAUUCCAUAACGCACAAAAAGCAUUAUAACAGCAUGCACGCACAUCCGGAGCUCUGAACCUCCAGCAGCCCUGAAAGAGUUAAACCACCCCCCCUCCAUGCACAUGCACGGAGCGGCUGACUGGAGGUUAGUUGGUGCUGUUGCGGUGCAGAGCUCGAGGACGCAGCGCGCACCAAACCAGUGGAGCCAGUACUGCUGCUGCUACUGCAACUACUACUGCUGCACACUACUACUACUGCUACUACUGCCAGUACUGCUGCACGACGCACCAGCAGCCAUGUCGGAGCGGACGAGGAUCUGCGCGUCUGACAGCGCUCAGUCUCAGUCUCACCACUACUGAGCCUGUGAGAGGUACGUUUGUGCUCGCGUUGGAUCUAUCUCCUCCAUGGACGGGCAGCGGGUCUUCUACGAGAUGGAGAACCCUCCGGAGAACCCCAGCAAGGCUGCGGAGUACCUGCAGGAGCUCAACAAGAUCAUCGAGACGCAGCAGGAGCUGCUGGAGAAGCAGAAGGUCCGGAUCGAGGAGCUGGAGCUGCAGGUGACGGAUCUGUGCAAGGAGAACGUGUGUCUGAAGGAUCAGCACCAGAGACACCUGGCCACCUGCAGACUCCUGCAGCUCCAGCAGGGCAACCACAACCACUCCUCCUCCAGCUCCUCCAGCCUGGUCGCCAUCAACGAGAACGUCAUGAUGCACGACAAAUCUGAAAGCGAAAGUUCAAGAGGUGUCAGGCGACACGCCUCAUUGCCCGUAGAAGUCUCAGAGAUCCCUCUAACCCUUAUUGCCCCUCCAUGUAGAAGAAGUUACCCCUGUCGCAAAUGGAAGUCUGCAUCUUCUGGUGUGGAAGGUGAUGCUGCAGGCAGCGAGGUGGGCGCCUCUGUGGACCCCAGCGGCGGCUACAGUUGCAUCCCAGUGACCCACAGCGGUGGGCUCGGCGGCCCCGACCACCUGGACAGCCAGCUCUACGGACACAUCUUGCUGCCCGGCCACCUGCGGCCCCGCCGGCCCAAACUCCAGCACUCCCAGUCCAUCCUACGCAAGCAGGCAGAGGAGGAGGCCAUCAAGCGGUCCCGCUCGCUGUCAGAGAGCUAUGAGCUCUCGUCAGACCUUCAGGACAAGCAGGUGGAGAUGCUAGAGCGUAAAUAUGGUGGGCGUUUCAUAACCCGGCAUGCAGCUCGCACCAUCCAGACAGCCUUCCGCCAGUACCAGAUGAACAAGAACUUUGAGCGUCUUAGAAGUUCUAUGUCUGAGAACCGUAUGUCCAGACGGAUCGUCCUAUCCAAUAUGAGAAUGCAGUUUUCCUUUGAAGGACCUGAAAAAGUCCACAGCUCGUACUUCGAGGGAAAGCAGGUCUCGCUAACAGAUGACGGCACCAAAAUCGGUGCGCUUGUGCAGUCGGAGCACGGCGGGGAGAUGGGCGUGCAGGCCAAGACGCCCACGACACAGAGCGACUUCACGGACGCCAUCACAGAGCUAGAAGACGCCUUCUCCAGGCAGGUCAAGUCUCUAGCCGAGUCCAUAGACGAUGCUCUAAACUGUCGCAGUCUGCACGGUGACGACAACCAGUCGGAGCCGGGGAGAGGCCACCAGGACAUGGACAGGGAGGUCAGCUGCCAGGUGAAACCCUCCCACAGCACUUCAGAUCACCGCAAACUGGACGAGAUGACGGCGUCUUACAGCGACGUCACCCUUUACAUCGACGAGGAAGAACUGUCACCGCCGCUGCCCUUGUCUCAGUCUGUGGACCGACCCUCCAGCACCGAAUCGGACUUGCGUCAGCGAUCCCUCAACUCUUCCCAGGACUACUGGUCGCUGGCUCAUAAGGAUGAGAAAGGGGACACGGACACUAGCUGUCGCAGUACGCCGUCUCUGGAGUGCCAAGAGCAGCGCUUGCGGGUAGACCACCUUCCCUUACUGACCAUCGAGCCUCCGAGCGACAGCUCGGUGGAGCUGAGCGAUCGCUCCGACCGCAGCUCCCUGAAGAGACAGAACGCCUACGACCGGAGCCUCGGCAACCAGCAGAGCAGCCCCAAACACGUCGGCCACAGCCUGCCGCCUCGAGGGCCUUCCAGAGAAGAGGACGCCACCCGCCAUCGGCCGCGGCAGCUGGAGGCCCACCUGGCCAUCAACGGCACCGCGAACCGGCAGAGCAAGUCGGAGUCCGACUUCUCCGACGGCGACAACGACAGCAUCAACAGCACAUCCAACUCCAACGACACCAUCAACUGCAGCUCCGAGUCCUCGUCCAGGGACAGCCUGAGGGAGCAGACGCUCAGCAAGCAGACGUACCACAAAGAGACACGCAACAGCUGGGACUCUCCUGCGUUCAGUAACGACAUCAUCCGCAAGAGGCACUACCGCAUCGGCCUCAACCUCUUCAACAAGAAACCAGAAAAAGGCAUCCAGUAUCUGAUCGAGCGGAACUUUGUUCCCGACACUCCGGUGGGUGUGGCCCACUUCCUGCUCCAGAGGAAAGGCUUGAGUAGGCAGAUGAUUGGCGAGUUCCUGGGUAACAGACAGAAACAGUUCAACCGAGAUGUCCUCGACUGUGUGGUGGAUGAGAUGGAUUUCUCUGCGAUGGAGCUGGACGAAGCGCUCAGGAAAUUCCAGGCUCACAUCAGAGUUCAGGGAGAAGCUCAGAAGGUUGAGCGGCUGAUAGAAGCCUACAGCCAACGCUACUGCAUCUGCAACCCCGGCGUGGUGCGACAGUUCAGGAACCCCGACACCAUCUUCAUCCUGGCCUUCGCCAUCAUCCUCCUCAACACGGACAUGUACAGCCCCAACGUCAAGCCCGAGAGGAAGAUGAAGCUGGAGGACUUUGUUAAGAACCUUCGAGGAGUGGAUGAUGGGGAAGACAUCCCCCGAGAGAUGCUGGUGGGGAUAUAUGAGCGGAUUCGCAAGCGAGAGCUCAAGACUAACGAGGACCACGUGUCCCAGGUUCAGAAAGUGGAGAAACUCAUUGUUGGAAAGAAGCCGAUUGGCUCGUUACACCACGGUCUGGGCUGUGUGCUGUCCUUACCUCACCGGAGACUGGUCUGUUACUGCAGACUCUUUGAGGUACCCGACCCCAACAAACCACAGAAGUUGGGCGUCCACCAGCGGGAGAUCUUCCUCUUUAACGACCUGCUAGUGGUUACUAAAAUUUUCCAAAAGAAGAAGAACUCUGUGACGUACAGCUUUCGGCAGUCCUUCUCACUUUAUGGCAUGCAAGUGCUGCUCUUUGAGAAUCAGUAUUAUCCCAACGGAGUCCGCCUGACCUCGGCCAUUCCCGGAGCUGACAUCAAAGUCCUCAUCAACUUCAACGCACCCAACCCUCAGGACCGCAAAAAGUUCACCGACGAUUUGCGAGAAUCUAUCGCUGAAGUCCAGGAGAUGGAGAAGUACCGGAUAGAGUCGGAGCUGGAGAAGCAGAAGGGCGUGGUGAGGCCAAGCAUGUCCCAGAGUUCAGGGCUGAAGAAGGAUACGGGCAACGGCAACCUGAGCCGAGCGAGCCUCGACGACAGCUACGCCAUCGGUGAAGGCUUGAAGAGGAGCGCCCUCAGCAGCUCGCUACGUGACCUCUCAGACGCAGGCAAGCGUGGGAGACGCAGCAGUGCAGGAUCACUAGACAGCAAUAUGGAAGGGUCCAUCAUUAGCAGCCCUCACUUGCACCGGAGACCCCCCUCCAGCGCUCGAGACUGCCCGUCCCGCCACAGCGGCCAGUCCCUGCCCAACUCCUCUUCGCUGCUCGGCACGUUGUUCGGCACCAAGCGGGGGAUGAAGUCCCCCAGCCCGACCCCGCAGGCCUUGCACCCCACCCUCAUCUCCCACACCCCUCACCCUGCCAACCUGCACCACACGGCGCGGUCGGAGACGGACGCGGCGCACCACGCACAGUUCUGCCAUCAGAACCCGCCGCCUUACCACCACCACCACCACUACCACCCGCCGGCCCACUUGCAGCACCCUCCGCACCAGUACCACCCGCCCCCUGCUCCUCACGGCCAGCAGCAGCCGGCCUACCCGCCUCACCCUCACACGCAGCACGGCGGAAGCCACGGGAGCCACUCCUCCCACCCCGCCCACGGCCCCCACCACCACGGCCCGCCGCCGGCGCCCUCCCAGGCCCCCGGCAGCAGCACCAAGCCCAAGCACAGCGGCAUCAGCACGGUGGUCUGAAGUGCACCGGGGCUCUCUGACUGAACUUUGAUUUUACUAGGAGACGGUCGCAGUGUUGCACCGUCGGUCUGGGGAUGUGAUGACAUCCCGAGCCGCCUUCGGCAUUUUUUUGUUACUCUCAUCACACGGGGGAGGGGGAGGGGGGUUAUUGAAUAUAAACACAUUUCCUUUCCGGUUGCUCCUUCCAUCUCAUUUCAGUCACGUCUGACAACAACGCAAGAGCAUGCACAAAGACCACAACUACUGUUUCUCCUCAGUCAAUUAAAGGAACAAAUAUCUUGCUUACUAGUAUUUUACAGAAGAAGUAAAUAGUAAUCUUGACUUUAAAGUGAUUUUAUCUCGUGUGUUUGGCUGAACAGACAGACAGACAGACAGACGGACGGACAGAUGGUCAUCCUCAGCCGUACAGUAGCCGUACGAGUAUUUAACAUAGCGGUAGCUCACAGUGCACUGUGAUAUCUCUGUUAGCAGUGAUUAAAUGUGCCAAUUAUUGAAGCAUUUACCAAUUUAGUCACGACGAUCGCUUUAUGUAUAUUGUGCAUAUAGUAUUUUGUAAAAUAAUAAUAUCAACUGUUAUUAUUAUAAUUCUUAUUAUUAUCACAGAAUAAACGGUAAACUCUCAGUAUUAAACUGGCACAUAAGGUGGCGUAGUGAAACUAAAUCAUUAGUUCCAUGUAGGCGGUCCAGUGAGCUGGGAUACUACUACUACUGUGUACGGUUGCCUUUGAGUUACAAGAUUGUAUUCUCAUCCACUGCUCUCGUCUUUGGUUCGGAGUCGUCUCUCCAGCUCCGGAACAAAAAAAAUUUAAAAAAGGUAGUCACGGCGAGCUGCCGAGCAAACAGAUUCAUCUGAAUGUCCGCCAUCAUUUUAUUUUUUUAAACUAUUUUUUUAGAGUCCAAUAUGAAGCGCUCUAUGGUAGGAUUCUUCAAGUCCGUUCUGCAGGAGGAGGAAGAGGAGGAGGAGGAGGAGGAGGACUGGGGAGGAGGUUUUUCAUGGAAACUGUGUAGCAGGGAAACAGCACCAGGACUGUUAAAGUGUCUCCCCUGAUGUGGAAGCUCUCAGCUGGCUGAGUGUCCCUCUUUGAGUCGUCGUCUCAGCGCCGUUUACUCCCUCCGUCUGACUUUUUCUCCCCUCGGAUGUACAGAAAUCAAUAAUUAUCAUUCUGUGAUGAUGGUGAUGGCACUCGUGAUGGCAGUUUUAUAUCAAUCAUCUUUCUGACAUAUGAUAGGAUGGCUGACGGCCGUCCUGUGCACAGUGUAUCUGUGGAGUGUGUGCAGAGCGGAGGCAGGGGUGGCUGCUGGGUAUGCUGGAGCACAACAUCAGUGAUAGACGCAGCACUCGUUCUACUUAGUUGAUAUCAACGGCAGUCUGUAUCUGCUUAAAGACUAUGAGAUGGAUUUUUUUUUUUACUUGUAUGUGCAAUAUGUAUUUACUUUAUUGGUGGUCGUUCCAUUUGGUUUAGUUCUGUUAGUGUUGUCUUUUGUCCCCCCACAACAUCCUUUGUCAUUUCCUCCUCAAUGUUUUGGUGAAGUAUCCACGUGGAUUUGGAGGGACACACUGAUAAAUAAUAAUUGCAUGUAACAAUGUAUUUCGAGGCUAUUUUCUAACUAUUGUGUAUUCCCAAACUAUUAUCAGUGUUCCAGUCGACAGUUAACAUUAAUGGUAGAAUAGUUUUGACUUCUUCAAUUACAGCUAACUGAAGUCAGCUAUGUGUCCGUGUGACUCCAGAGGAUAACCGAACCCUGUAUCGUCUCCUGAUCCACAUACAGUAGUUUAACUGGAUCUGUAGUGUGUACGACGGUAGAGUUACAGCUGUGAGAGGAAAGGUAGAGCGGGCGUGACGGAAGAUGAAAUCAGAGUAUAAUGAAUGGAUCUCUUAUUAUAUCUUCAUAUUUAUCAUCUGUCUCUGUCGAUGGCUCUACACAUUAUUACUGUUGUCAAGUGAUAUCCAGUAGAUCUUAAAUACUUCUCUCCUCAUGGUUCUAGUUAUCGAGGUACCACUCUCUGAUAAAGUACUCUUUAUAAAGGGUGGAUAAGUUAAAGGUGCAGUGUGUAGGAUCUGGCGGUAUCUAACGGUGAGGUUGCAACUGAAACGUCUCCCGUGUGCCAAGCAUGUAGAGAACUACGGUGGCCGACGCAAAAACGUGAAUGUCUCUCUCUAGAUCCAGUGUUCGGAUUGUCCGUUCUGGGCUGCUGUAGAAACAUGGCGGCCGGCUCCGUGGAGAGAGGACCCGCUACAUAUAAACGGCUCAUUCUGAGCUAACGGAAAACACGGUGAUUAUCAUUUUCAGGUGAUUAUACACUAAAGAAAACAUACUUACUAUGUGCAUUAUCACCACAGGCUUUAGGACAUGUGUAACUGAUGACGCGUUCAUGACGCGUCACCCUGCCUCUUUCCUCCUGCCUACAGAGAGACCAAAAGGGGGGGGGAUACCUGUAGAUUCAGCGUUUUUUUCACAUUAAACUCAGAAAUUUCAGUUGAGUUGUACCAAAGCACACUUGGUGAUUGUUGUAAAGAGUAACGACGACGGUUUAGGUGAGUUUUAUUUUGUUUCUGUCCAGUUUAAAUGAAGUGUUUUACGAUGUUCCGCUACGUACAGCUGAUCUCAACUUAAACAACAAUACACGUGGAUGAUGGCGCAAGCUGAACGGAGGGGGGAGGGUGGAGGUCAUUCUAGUUAAUAAUAUAUUUUCUGUUUCUGCCAAUAGAUCCACCUAAAUGCUGCACACUGUUCCUUUAAAAUAUUUGCCAUGAUCCAAAAUGUAUUUUGCAGGCUUUAUUAUGAACUCUAGACUCCUCUAAAAUCUAAUAUUGUAAUUUGACUCUGAUCUGUGUGAAAUAUACAGCAUUUAAUCCAGCAUAGUUUAGGUUGUACGGAAUCCAAGAAGUGCCAAUACUGCAUGGUCAUUACAUUUUAAAUCAGUUUUAUACCAAAUUGAAUCGUCCCAGCACAACCAAUCACAAAGUCUGAUUAUUAACUAGUUGUUAUGGGAUAAUGGUGCAAACACCAGCCAAGACGAAACACGUAGCUUUUUUAAAUAUUAGCCAGAGUUAUGUUGAAUCAGAGUGUUUUCAGUCACAACCCACCGGUUCCUUCAGACGACUGAUCCAUAUUAAAACCUGUCCAGAUCCCGUGUGAGGUGCUUCGUUGCAUGCCAUUGAUGCCUACCGUUUCUUUUUUCUUUUCUUCUUCUUCUCUCUUUUUUUAAGUGUUGUUCUGUUAAGCGGCGGGUUUUACUCGCCCCCAAACUUCCAACGUAGCUUUGAUUUCUCUGACUGAUGCUUGUUUACAUUUAGAUGAUUUCUGACCUACUAUAGUGUGUCCUUUUCAUUUAAAGUUGUGUCACUCUCCUCCGGCAUGCAUCUCACCUCUAUACUCCCACUGUACAGUAUAAAGACACGGCAGGAAGCUGCUGAGUGUAAAUAACAAAUCCAUCUGGGGGAAUCUCAUGUUGACGAAGAGGCUCUGAACGGAAAGAGGGAGGGUGGGGUAGUAUGGAAUGAGAAAACAUAUGUAAAUAGUCUGUACAUAAUUAUUAUUAUUAUUAUUACUACUACUGCUCAAUGUCUGCAGUUACAUUGAAGGUGCAUUCCUGCUCCCUCUGAUAUAUUUACAUAAUCAUCGACUGCUUCUCUCUGCCUCCGACGGGACUGAAUUAUCAUAGGAUCUAGAGAUGAACGGCCAACUCGGCUUCUGACUUGUUUCCUGAGACGCUCCUGUUCUCUCACACUCACAGCCCUCUUUUCGAGUCAAAUGGACGGGAGGAGUGCUCUUAUUUUAUUAUGCAUUCUGUUUCUAAGUAGACAAAAACCCCUAUUGAUGUAAAACUAGUACUGUGACGAUGUUGAGAACGCAAAAUAAAACAAUAUAUUGUAAAACCUGA